CUGACAUUCAAUAGAAGAAAACCCCACACAGAAGAACUGAAGGCUGCUUUUGCUAAACUAAAAAAGGAUUUCGCGCGAAUCAAACGCAUCAUGACGCACAUGGGAAGUGUCUUGGAUCAAACAGUUGAACAGACCGGGAUGGGAUCGUACGAAACACAACAGGAUGUUGGAAUUUACAGUGACGAUCCGGUGAUCAAAGAUUAA